GUCCUGUACCCUGUAACUAUGAAGGCCACAUAUGUGCUACUUUGCGUGGGUCUGGUUGUUCUUCCUGCUACAAUCUGUCAGUCUCCUGCUGAACGUGACUCUUACACAGAGUGUACAGAUGGCUAUGAGUGGGACGUGCAGACUCAACUCUGUCGAGACAUAAACGAGUGUGAGACUAUACAGCAGGCUUGUCAGGGAGAGAUGAAAUGCUUUAAUCAUUAUGGUGGUUACCUGUGCCUUCCUCACUCUGCCUCCGUGAUCACUGCACCUGAGCCCUCCAGCCAAUCAGAGCCCAGUGUUCAUGUGGAGCGUAACGAGGCCUUUAACCCCUGUCCUGUAGGCUACAGGGCUCAAGGAGAUACCUGCGUGGACAUUGAUGAGUGUGAAUUGGACAUGCAUGACUGUCAGCCCAGCCAGGAAUGCAUCAACACUGUGGGUACCUACACCUGUCAGUGCCCUGACGGCUACAGCAAGAUUGGCAUAGAGUGUGUGGAUAUCGACGAGUGCAGGUACAGGUACUGUCAGCAUCGCUGCGUGAACAUGCCAGGAUCUUUCUCUUGUGAAUGUGAGCCUGGCUUCCAAUUGGCGGGAAACAACAGAUCCUGUGUUGAUGUAAAUGAGUGUGAGAUGGGAGCACCUUGUCAACAAAGAUGUUACAACAGUUAUGGUACGUUCCUGUGUCGCUGUGAUCAAGGCUAUGACCUGGGACCCGAUGGCUUCUCAUGCAAUGAUAUUGAUGAGUGCAGCUAUUCCAGUUUCCUGUGCCAGUUUCAGUGUGUGAACGAGCCUGGAAGAUUCUCCUGUGUUUGUCCAGAAGGUUACGAGCUAGUAGGAACACGACUCUGCCAGGAUGUGAAUGAGUGUGAGACAGGCACUCAUCAGUGUGGGGAGGGACAGGUCUGUGUGAACAUCCAUGGUGGACAUCAGUGUGUCAACUCCAACCGCUGCCAGGACCCCUACGUCCAGGUCUCAGAGAAUCAUUGUAUAUGUCCAGUGGUGAAGCCAGAGUGUCGUGACCUGCCCUUCUCCAUUGUGCAUCGAUACAUGAGCAUCACCUCCGAACGCUCGGUUCCCUCUGACAUCUUCCAGAUCCAGGCCACCAGCGUCUAUCCUGGAGCCUACAACUCCUUCCGCAUUCGUUCUGGAGAUGAAAAUGAAGAAUUCUACAUACGGCAGAAGUAA